AUGGUGGGGUGUGGUCAGCGUUGUAGCUGCCAGAAGCUGCCGGCGCUACGCGUGCGCUAACUCCGAGGGUAGGCUGGCGAUGGCUACCGCGGAGGGCAAGCGAACGUCACCUGAGCCCGCGACCACGGAGCAGCCCGCGGAGCUGCCGGCCGCCGUACGCGCGAGCGUGGAGCGGAAGCGGCAGCGGGCGCUGAUGCUGCGCCAGGCCCGGCUGGCGGCGCGGCCGUACCCUGCGGCGGCGGCGGCCACCGGAGGCGUGGCUAGUGUAAAAGCAGCUCCCAAAAUGAUUGACACCAAAGGCGGCUUCAUUUUAGAAGAAGAAGAAGAAGAAGAAGGGAAACACAAGAUUGGAAAUGUUGUUCAAGAACCAGGGCCCGUCAUGGAGUUUGAUUAUGCAUUCUGCGAAGAAUGUGGGAAGGAGUUCAUGGAUUCGUACCUCAUGAGCCACUUUGACUUGCCGACGUGUGACAGCUGCAGAGACGCUGAUGAUAAACACAAGCUUAUAACUAAAACAGAAGCCAAGCAAGAAUACCUUCUGAAAGACUGCGACUUAGAGAAGAGAGAGCCAGCACUGAGGUUUAUCGUGAAGAAGAACCCUCAUCACUCACAGUGGGGCGACAUGAAGCUCUACUUAAAGUUACAGGUUGUAAAGCGGGCUCUUGAAGUUUGGGGUAGCCAGGAAGCGCUGGAAGAUGCAAAGGAAGUGAGGCAGGAAAACCGGGAAAAAAUGAAGCAGAAGAAGUUUGAUAAAAAAGUAAAAGAAUUGCGGCGCGCAGUAAGAAGCAGUGUGUGGAAGAGAGAAACAACUGUUCACCAGCAUGACUAUGGACCGGAGGAAAACUUAGAAGACGACAUGUACCGCAAGACUUGUACCUUGUGUGGCCAUGAACUGACAUAUGAAAAAAUGUGACUUUAAAAACAAUUUGUAUUCAAAUAAAGACCCUGUUCAAAUGAACCACAAUGCAGUCUUCAUAGAAACAACACUCACAUAGCAAUGCUUUAGAAAUGAUUGUGCUUAAAGUCCGACUAAGGGCAAAAUGUUGGGUCUGUGGGAGCCCAUUGGUACAGC